CUUGCGUUUUACUCUUCCUAACAACAAAAAAUUCAUACAUUCCUCACCAACUUUCCUAGCUUCACUUAGAAUUAAUAUGUUCUGUUUUGAAUUUCCCCAGAACUUUUUCCACCAGUUUUGAUUCUCUAUUGGUCGAAUCUCUGGCUCUACUGAGUCUUAACCUAGCUCUCUUCCUGAUUAUUUCAGCUACUUGGUUUUAUGAAAUUUGAGAGAUAGAUCAAUGGGGAAACAAGGAUCACCGAGAAGUCCUCGACCCGAACCGGCAGAUAAACAAGAGAAAACCGGGAGAAGAAGUUUGGAUUCUUCAACAGGAAAUGAUCUCUUUAUUGGUAGAAGAAUAUUUGGAAGUGAAGUAAUCAAGGCUCAUCAUGGAUCUAAAUAUGAUCAAAGCUAUGGCAGUAGAAACAAGUUUAGUUACUCUUGGAAGAAGCAACAGUCAUGGCUUCAUAGGAACUUCAAGUCGAUUCUUCUGAUGAUCUCUGUCACCAGUUUCAUAUUCUUUAUGGAUUCCAUUAUGGUUUCGAUCUUUCAUUCGGAUAGAAGCACCGUGGUGCAGGACAUUUCAAGGUUGAGCAAUGUCACUCUACAUAAGAAUGGAUCAUCUCAAGAUGCUUUACCGGUGCAAAUGUAUAGCCGUCUACUAAACUUAGCUUCAAAUUCUCUUGCAAAGAACGUUUUCAAACCUAAUGCACCAAAUUUCCGGGAGGUAAGAUCUUCAAAGUCAUCACAGUGGAAGCCUUGUGCUGAUAAUAACAAAACGGCUGUGGCAUUAGAGAGGUCUAACGAAAUGAACAAUGGUUACAUUAUGGUUAGUGCAAAUGGUGGCCUUAAUCAGCAGCGCGUUGCUAUCUGUAACGCUGUUGCGGUUGCUGCUCUUCUCAAUGCGUCUCUAGUUCUUCCUCGGUUUCUUCACAGCAAUGUCUGGAAAGAUCCUAGCCAAUUUGGUGAUAUAUACCAUGAGGAACGUUUCAUUGAUUAUCUGAAAGAUGAGGUGCAUAUAGUGAAGGAUCUUCCCCAACAUCUAAAAUCUACUGAUAAAAAGAAUCUGAGCUUGGUUACUGAUGCUGAGCUAGUAAAAGAGGCAAAACCAGUGGACUACACCGAACAUGUUCUUCCUUUGUUAAAGAAAUAUGGAAUGGUUCAUCUUUUUGGAUACGGGAACCGCCUCGGUUUUGAUCCGUUGCCUUUUGAUGUUCAGAGAUUACGAUGUAAGUGCAACUUUCACGCGCUGAAAUUCGCUCCCAAGAUUCAAGAAGCAGGAUCUCUGUUGGUGAAACGGAUAAGAAUAUUUGAAACAAAGCGUAGCAGGCUUGAUGAAGCAUUACUUGGUGAAUCCAUGGCGAAAGAUUCUGCUACAGGAGAUCAAGAACCAUUGAAGUAUCUAGCUUUACAUCUAAGGUUUGAAGAGGACAUGGUUGCUUACUCUCUAUGUGAUUUUGGAGGAGGAGAAACGGAGCGUAAAGAGCUUCAAGCGUACCGAGAAGAUCAUUUCCCUCUUCUCCUCAAACGUUUGGAGAAAUCAAAGUCUAUUUCUCCAGAAGAGUUGAGGAAAAGAGGAAAGUGUCCACUAACACCAGAGGAAGCAACUCUGGUACUUGCUGGUCUUGGAUUCAAAAGAGGGACAUAUAUAUACUUAGCUGGUUCUCAAAUCUAUGGAGGUUCUUCUCGUAUGCUUCCUUUAACUACUCUUUACCCGAAUCUCGUGACUAAAGAAACUCUCCUUACACCACAAGAACUCGCACCAUUCAAGAACUUCUCUUCUCAGUUAGCUGCUCUAGAUUUCAUAGCAUGUGCAGCUUCAGAUGUGUUUGCGAUGACUGAUUCUGGGAGUCAGUUAUCUUCCUUAGUCUCUGGAUUUAGAACAUACUAUGGCAAUGGUCAGGCACCAACACUGAGGCCUAACAAGAAGAGGCUUGCAGCGAUCUUAUCAGACGGUGAAACAAUAAAGUGGAAGAGUUUUGAAAAUCGUGUGAGGAAGAUGGUAGAGGAAGGUAACAAAGUUAGUGUUAGGCCUUAUGGACGCAGUAUCUAUAGACAACCGAAAUGCCCCGAGUGUAUGUGUAAGUUUUGAUACUUGCGCUAGUCCAACAUAGAAUGAAGACACUGUAUAUCAUAACGAUACUAAGUUUGUAACAUGUGAAUAACUAAGUAUGCCAGAAUACCCCACUAGUAAUCCCACUUUAAACUUUUGAAUCUGACUAAA